CUCCUUGCUUUGCCCUGUCUGUUUGCUUGGGUUGCUUUCGACCUCGUCAUCGUCAUCAAGUCACGACUGCCUCCUUCGCUCAAGCUCAUCUUCAUUCAAAAAAGCAUACAAGCCUAGCAAAUCGUUACCAUGUCUACCGGCACUUUCGACCCGAAUCAGGCGCAGAACCUGCCCGAAAUCGAGAAGCAGAUGGCAGUGAAGUGCGUCGAGCAUGCGCAAGCCACCUGGAACCUCUACGAAAAGGUCCUCCCCUCGACGCUCAAGCUAUCCAAGCACGACGACGAGAUCAUGGCCGACUUUGAGGACAAGUUCCCCGAGCUGGCCAAGGACGAGGCCAAGAUUCGAAAGAUCGAUGAAGAGGCAAUGAAGAGUCCGCAGGGCAAGGAGGCUUGGAGAAACUUCAUCAACAAGUACGAGGGCAAGGUGGCCGACUUCAACUUCGGAACCCUCAUCCGAACGGACAGCUCAGACGAGUACACGCAGUUCAACACGACCUUUGUGACAAGACUACAAUUUUACGUCUACGAGAUCGCUCGCAACAGGAGAGGACUCAACGACUGGAUCUACGAGAAGGCCAAGCAGGAGGCGGCGGAGAAGAAGAAGGAGAAGGGCUCCAAGAAGUGAGAGGGAGGAGCUCGAGCUGCGCUGUACUAGUAUCUUCUCUCGGAGCCAGCAACGAGGAGCAGAGGCUCGCAGGCGACCCUUUUCUACGCAGGCUCUUGCACAGUACGAGCGGUAUUGCAGUAGGCGCGG